CAUAUACUGUAACAAUUUGACAGAAAAUAAGGUAGAUAAAAUAGUAAAAAGAAAGAAAUCAGUCUUCAUUCAACACAGUUAUUAUGUUCAAGGGAGUAGGUCUCGGUGUGGGACGGCUGAGAAGAAGGAGGGGAGGAUUGUGUGUGUGUGUGUGUGUGUGUGUGUGUGUGUGUGUGUGUGUGUGUGUGUGUGUGUGUGUGUGUGCGUGUGCGCGUGUGUGUGUGCUUUCCAGGAGGAGAUUUUAAGAUUGAGCCACAUCCAUCCUUCAGUCUUGUCUCACUCGGAAAGCGGACCACCUCACCAUCAUCAUUUUAUACCUCUUCAGCAAGAUGCAAUGCGCAUCCUCACUCGGUUAUUGUGCGUCACCUUACAGGAGUAGAACAGUGCUGUUUCCCGACUGGGCCUACAAGCCGGCGUGGUCGCCGGGCUCUCGUCAGGUACAGCUGUGGCAUUUCCUGCUGGAGCUGCUGGGCGGCAGCGGCGGCCAGAGCGACACCAUAGGCUGGGGCAGCGAGUGGGGCGAGUUCGUCAUCCACAACCCCGAGCGGCUGGCCCGGCUGUGGGGUGAGAGGAAGGGAAAGCCACACAUGAACUAUGACAAGCUGAGUCGGGCUCUAAGAAAUAUGUGCGGCGUCACGGUGAAAAUGAAUCACAUCAACAUGACUGUGCUGUAUGAUGCCAUAUGUAGAUAUUACUACAACAAGCGCAUCCUGCACAAGACCAAAGGCAAGCGAUUCACGUACAAGUUCAACUUCAGCAAACUCGUCUUGGUCAACUUCCACCUGCCGCCAUCUUGUCACUGUCUGCCACCGUCGUACCAUCAGAUGCUGCCGAGCCGCCCUCUUGACUUUGCUGUCCUCCCCAGCGAGACCCGUCUUCCGAUACAGGCAUCCUGGCUUCAACUGCCACCAUGCUGCCUUCCUCAUCAUCCUUUUACUCCUCCAUUUGUCCCACAGCCACCUCUUAUGCAGAACCCCUCACCAUUCAUCACUUGGCGGGACCACCUCAGUCGUCUGAGUCUCGGGAAGCAAACUUCACGAGAGGAGGGAGGGCUUUGACACGAGCACCAUAAAGUUGUACUGAAUUAUUUUUGUAGAUUUAUCACCUUUCUUCCUCCUGCAGUAAGGAGAUUGCACUCACAACGUGGCGAGCUCGUGUGUGUGCGUGCGUGCGUGCGCGUGUGUGUGCGCGCGCGUGUGUGUGUGUGCGUGUGUGUGUGUGUACAUGUGUAAGUGAGAGUGAGAGAGAGAGUCAAUCAACAAAACUAUAGUAAUAUUCUCUUGCUUUGUGUGUUUCGUUUUACUACAAUAAAUACCUGACCGCUGAUGCAUUCCAGCGUUUUCUUUUGGUUUUCAUUUGUAAGGUUUUUAAAUAUACCGCUACGGCACGGCAGGCGAUAGCAGCGCCUUUCACGAACCCCUUUGCUGAGGUCGAGAUUCACCGAAGAAAGAUCUUGACUGAUGUUUCUUUGGCGUCGGCAAACAGCCACGGCUUAAUGGAUUCAUACAAAUUAAUAGUUGUUUAUGAUUUAUACUCAAAUGACUCCUAAUCAUAAUUUGUUUACUUAACAAGCAUCAAUUUUACAAAGUACAUUUGGUUCGGGUUAUUUGAAACUCAUUUAAACUCUUCUUACA